AUGAAGGGGGAAUCUGCUCCAGACUUGAAUUGUUGCCACAAGGCUAAAGCUCUGAGGAGUACAGGGGGCUCCCUGUCCUGCAGCCUGGACUUCCAGCUCUGCCAAGGUGACCAGGUCUUCUCAGCUUGCACACCACUCUCCGACACAGUGGACGCCCGUGGCUCAUCAUGCCCCAGCCGGCUGCACCCCUUGCCCCUGGCACCAGCCAGGUCUGCCUUGCUGACCUGUCCCCAGGGCCUGGACCUAUAUCUGUGCACCCUGCAGCCGACACCACCGAGCACAGCCCCACAGAGUGUCAGAUGCGAUGUCUUGAGCACAAAGCACCAGCCACCAGGGCUGCAGGCCGGCUCCACUGAUGAGAAACUCAUGGCCAAGUACCCUGCGAGCAGGGACAAGAGGGGAAGCCAGCAGGAAAGAGCCGGCGAGGGGGCCCUCCGCCCAUCAUUCUCUCCUCACAGCGGCUCUUUGCCAACCCCCUGCUCCUGCCCACUGCCCACUCCCAUCUCCAAAGAACUCCCAUUCUCCCUCCACUCCUUCUACCCUGAGUACCCACUUCUGCCUCCACCUCACCUGUUCACCUAUGGGGCCCUACCUUCUGUCCAAUACCCCCUCCUCUUCAUGCUGCCCCCAGACCCUUCCGACCCCAACAUGGCUAUGCCCAGCUUGCUGAUGAGUAUCAGUGAGCCCGGGCACCCUACUGCCCAGAGGGAGACACUGUAUCCUUACCCAGGGGCCCCCCAAGCCUCUGGCCAAAGCCAACCUUCCCAGGCCCGGAGUCGAGGUCCUGGAGCUGCCAGGACCCACUCCCCAGGGCCAAAGAGCGUGGGCAGGGCGGCUCCAGCAAGGCGGGCGUCUGCGGGCUCCCGGCCAGGCACCACAGCUCUGCCUUACCCACUGAAGAAAGAGAACGGCAAGAUCCUGUACGAGUGCAACGUGUGCAGCAAGAACUUCGGACAGCUCUCCAACCUCAAGGUCCAUCUGCGUGUGCACAGUGGGGAGCGCCCAUUCCAGUGUGCCCUGUGCCAGAAGAGCUUCACCCAGCUCGCCCACCUGCAGAAGCACCACUUAGUGCAUACUGGGAAGCGGCCCCAUGAAUGCCUGAUGUGCCACAAACGCUGCAGCAACUCCAGCAACCUCAAGACCCACCUGUGCCUGCACUCGGGGGCCCGGCCCUUCUGGUGCAGUGUCUGUCCCCGGCGCUUCACCCAGCAUGUUCACCUGAAGCUGCACCACCGCCUGCGGCCUUGUGGCCUAGCACACACCCACCUGCCCCUGGCGUCUCUUGCCUGCCUUGCCCGAUGGCACCAGGAAGCCCUAGAUCUUGUGGGGCUGCCAUUGGAGAGGCAGAUGGGCUGGGGUUUGGAAAAGGUCAAGGUGUCCUUGGCAUCUGGGGGAAAGGGUUUGAAAGCGACUUCCCCACCCGGGGACUGGGAGAGCUUCGCGCUGUGUCGGACGCUCUCCAGGAGCGCGCGAAGGCCAACCCCUCGGGCUAGGCCCCAUCCACUCGACAAGACGAUGCCCCCUCGCGUCUUGACCUCGCCCCCGCGUUCUAGCCCCUCCUCCUCGGGGGGAGAGACGACCCUCGUUCAGCCCCGCGUCCGGCCCCCCCCGCUCGUCCGAGUUUCCCCUUUCCUGCCCACCUCGUGCAAGGCCAGCCUGGGGGCCACUCGCCCCCGGUGUGCCCCUGGAGCCUCCCGAGACCUAAAGAAGUAG